CCCCACCCGAGUUCAACGCAACCUGCGUGACAUCCGGGUAUCUCUUUUGGUGUCUAUGGUGUGUCACCAAGUCUGGGAAGAUGGCUUUGGUGGGGCGGAGUGCAUUGACAUCCACCAACUCAAAUGUAAAUAAUACCUCUUUGGAGGUCCAAACCGGCGAGGAUGAUGAUGGCCAGAAUUUAUGGUCUUCGAUUUUGAGUGAAGUAUCAACGCACUCACGGUCAAAAUUACCAACUGGGAAAAAUGUCCUUGUCAUGGGUGAAAAUGGGGCUGGUAAAACCACUUUGGUUGCCAAACUUCAGGGAAUAGAAGAAUACAUGAAAGGGAGGGGACUGGAGUACCUGUAUUUCAGUGUCGACGACGAUGAAAUUGACGACCAUGGCAGGUGUAGUGCCUGGAUUUUGGAUGGUGACCUGUAUCACAAAGGCCUCCAGAAAUUUGCAGUGUCUCCAGACAACCUGGCAGACACCAUUGUACUGCUGGUGGUGGACAUGUCAAGGCCCUGGACUGCUCUGGAUUCCCUGCAGAAGUGGGUCAGUGUCAUCCGAGAGUAUAUUGACAAAAUGAGGAUUUCUCCGGAGGAAAUGAGGGAAAUGGAACAAAAAUUGGUUAGACAGUUCCAGGAGUACACAGAACCCGGGAGUUCCCUCAGCAUAUCCCCCCAGAGGAGGAACCCCAAAGCUGCUUAUACGGAUGAAGAGGGCAUAGCGCUUCCCCUUGGGGAGAACACCCUCACUCACAACCUGGGUAUACCAAUGGUGGUGGUAUGCACCAAGUGUGAUGCUAUCAGUGGCCUGGAGAGAGAACAUGACUACGGAGACGAGCACUUUGACUUCAUUCAGUCGCACAUUCGCCGAUUCUGCUUGCAGUAUGGGGCAGCCCUGCUAUACACUUCAAUGAAGGAGAAUAAAAAUCUAGAUUUAUUAUAUAAAUACCUUGUCCAUAGGUUAUAUGGUUUCCCUUUCAGCUUGCCUGCUCAAGUGGUAGAAAAAGAUGCAGUGUUUAUUCCAUCAGGGUGGGACAAUGAAAAAAAGAUUGCAAUCCUGCAUGAAAACUUUCAAACAGUUAAAAUGGAAGACUGCUUUGAAGACGUGAUCAUAAAGCCACCAGGGAGGAAGUUUGUACAUGAAAAGGAAAUUGUGGCAGAAGAUGAUCAAGUGUUUCUUGUAAAAUUGCAGUCCCUCAUGGCAAAACAACCCCCAGUAUCAGCUGGACGGCCUGUGGAUGUUUCCAACCGAGGACCCAGCAGUUCCCCACGAACAACCAACCGCUCAGCUCAGGGGAACGUGGCCAGCGUCAUUCCCAUGCAAUCAGGUACCAAGAAGAUAGAUCCCAACGUGAAAGGUGGACAGACAAGCGAGGGCGUCCUGGCCAACUUCUUCAACAGUCUGCUGAGCAAGAAGACAGGGUCUCCAGGGUCCGGCAGCAGCUCAGCAGGAGGAGGAAACACGCCUGGAACGACCAAGAAAUCAGUUUGUCCCCAGAACUCUGACUGCAGAGAUGGCACAAAGCGCAGCUUGACAGACGUGCAGGCCGAACUGGACUGGAUCUCUAACAAAUCUGAAUUUAAUGAUGCCUCUCCAACCCCCCCACCAACACCUCCAGCUGAGUGGGAGGAGUCCCGAGGAGAGCCAAGAUCACUAUGGCUCCAACAGACCCAGUGUAUAAUCCGACAACUACGCAGGAAACAACGUCUACAACAUUUUUCAAAAGGGACCAUUUGGAUGUGUUCCGAUUUUUUAUUAAAGUGGCUGAAGUGAUCCUGUCUUUCCUGGCCUUUGUCUUGGAGGAGGUGGUGAUCAGUUGCGUAUCCUGUUCGCCGCUCUACUUCUUUGAGUUUGUUAGCUGCACAGCCUUCCUAUUCACCGCCCUGCUGCUCAUCCUCCUCUCCACCGUCCU